GUGGAGACAGGCGCCAUAAUGCCUUACUGCAUAAGGAGAGGCAACUGCCCCCCAAAUCGGAGCCUAAAUCGGAGAACGAAGGAGUCAACCCGAAAUGCACCACGCUCUGUGGACCGGCGGGAGGUGAGUAGCCCCCUCGUCACCGGCGAGUUAGCUGACUACCUUGGAGCAAGCGGACCCCCGGAGAAAUACUUCCUGUCCACAUGCAGUGGGGAGAAAGAGGAGAAGCACGGUCGGCGGGUACCAGGGAUUACAGUGCGCUCGCUCAGCGGACCAGAGUUCCCAUUGCCAACUCUCACCGAGUGCGACACAAUCCCUCAAGACAAGAGCGAGAUUCCCACUCCGGACAUGGCAAAAAGUUUCCCACAUCUAAUCGACAUAGCACACGAGAUACCUUCCCUAGACGAGUCCGCAAAGGUUCAGCUGCUGAUCGGUCGGGACGCGCCCGAGCUGUUGAAAGUCAGAGAAUUUAGAAACGGCCCAAGAGGAGCCCCCUGGGCGCAACGACUAGCCCUCGGAUGGACUAUCAGCGGUCAGAUGUGCCUCGAUUUCCCAAGCGGGCCUGCACAUGUUCUCACCCGCCUCACCAGCUUGUCCGCCGCCGCGGAGAGAAUCCGAGAGACUGGAGACAAGAACUACGAGCUGGUUCCCUGUCCAAACCAAUUCAAGGUCGAGGACCCAAUCCUGGAGCAUGUUACCGACAGCAUCUUCAAGACUACGCGAAGCGACAACGAACCUAGUCUCUCUCGCGAAGACCGUUUGUUUCUGGAGAUCAUAGAGGCAGGAAUACACAAGAACGAGAGUGGUAACUGGGAGAUGCCGCUACCAUUUCGUGAUAAGUUCCAAACCAUGCCGAAAAACCGCGUCCAAGCCAUGCAACGCUUACAAGGGCUUCUGAAGACGUUCGCCAGGAAACCAAAAAUGAGAGCAGAUUGCCUGGAGUUCAUGGGAAAGAUUAUUGAGAAGGGCCACGCCUCCCAGAUUCCACUUGUGGAAGCCCCACCUCCCCCUGGCCGUUCCUGGUAUUUACCGCAUUUCGCAACAUAUCAUAACACAAAGCACGCUAUCCGAGUGGUGUUCGACUCCAGUAUCGAGUUUUAAGGGGUUUCACUGUAC